GCGGAACUAUGCAUGGAAGACCGACGUAGGAUUUUGACAACAAUAGCUUAAUUUCACUUUUUCGCUAAAAGAUCGGUUCACAUGGAGUAAAUGGGCCUGAAAUAAUUGUGUAUCUUAUGUUGCAUCAAAUAUGGUUUAUAAACGUGCUUGGAUAUGUGUGAAAAGAACGCGUUGUAUUCUUGAUUCCCGUUUGCAAAGGAUUAAAUCAGUGGGUGGGGUAAAGGUGUGAAAAACAAUCAAGUUUGAGUGAUUGUGUAAACCGUUUAUGUUGAUUACCUUUUGAAUUUGUGUAUAAGGAAAAUAUUAAGUUGGAUUAAUCAUUGACCAGAUUUAGAAAUGGAAGGUGGUAUAGACAAGGAUAUUGGUGUUUAUGGUGGGCUGUUCCUUACCAUUAUCUCGGAUUUGAGGGGCAGUUCACCAGUGUGGGAAGAUUUUACGAGCAAAGCCACAAAACUUCAUACCUCACUCAAGUCAACCCUAACAGCUAUUGCAGCUUUCCUUGAUGCCUUCCAGAAGGUUGCAGAUAUGGCAACUGGCUCCAGAGGAGCAACAAAAGAGUUAGGAACUGCCCUGACAAGAUUGUGUAUGAGACAUAAAGCUAUUGAAUCCAAGCUGAAAAAGUUCACAGGAACUAUUUUAGAUAAUCUAGUCAACCCACUCCAAGAGUGUAUGGAAGAUUGGAAGAAAACUGUGGUACAGUUAGACAAGGAACACGCUAAAGAAUACAAACGUGCAAAGCAGGAUAUUAAAAAAUGUGCAGCCGAUACAGUCCGUCUUCAAAAGAAGGUUAAAAAAGCUGCAGCGAAUGGAUCAGUACCCACAUCACCACUAUGGUUUGACGAAGGCAAACAGGAUAUGCAGAGUAGACUGGACAGUGCAAUGCAGGAAGUUAAUGAUAAAUACAUCCUCCUAGAGGACCAGGAGAAGAACUCAGUCAGGACAGCACUUACAGAGGAAAGAGGGAGAUUCUGCCAUUUUGUAACCUGUCUGAAGCCAUUUGUUGAUGAAGAAGUGAACUUACUGACAGAGGUGACCCAUUUACAAGAGAUUAUGGACAAUCUAUGUCUGCAGGCAGACAGUCCCCAUGUCCUACCAGCCUCUAGUGAACAAGUCAUUUUAGAUCUCAAAGGAGAAGAUGCAGGCUCUUAUAAAUUCCAGACUCCACCCAGUUCACCAAGCUCCUUGGGUUCCAGGAAGUCGAGCAUGUGCAGUAUCAACAGUAUUGCGAGUUCAAGCAGCGGUUCAGCCCAGUCACACAGUCCCUGCCAUAAUAAAACUAUACAACAGCAACAAGCUCAGUUGUUGGGAUCAGGCGUACGCCUAACAAGCGUAUCAUCACAGGACUCAGGAUUUACAUCACAAGAUACCCUGUUCCUGCGACCGACCACACCCUCCUCCCUCAGCUUACAAACCCAGACUGCCGACAGUAACAGUCAGGAUGCUGAUACUCCGGAGGUGGACUCGACUCCCUCUACGCCAUCAGAGAACUACCCGAACACACCCUCGGCCACAUCUACGUGGACUAAUUGGCCCAAUCCACCAAUUGCAGGAGGGAAGUCUGAACCUGGUCGACCUCACACGAUAUCUUCGGCAUACGAGAAAACCCAUUCGAGACCAGCAUUGUCCUCACAGCUAUUCGAGCCGCCACAACAGGGUGCUACUGAGGUCUCAAAACCAGAAGAUCAACAUGAUGCUACUGUGAUUAAACGUGAGAGACCUCAUAGCACAAUGUCAGUGCCAUACUCAAGGCAGUCGGCUUCUAUCACAAAAAUGCAGCCUGUGUUGCCACCCCUGGGUCCCAAGCCAAAGUCUAGGGCAGUUGCACCACCUAAAGUUCCUCCAUCUAUAGGUGAACAACCGGUAUAUGCAAAUUUGAAUGAACUGAAUAUCCAGGUGCAAGGUCAGGGUGGGGAUAGCGAUACAGACAAAACGCCAACGACUCGAGAUCCUCCUUUCGAACCAAAUGCCGCCAAUCCCAAGCUUGAUGGAAUGGACUUAACCGAGGCUAUACGCGACCUAGAUAAUUACACAGCUGCUCUGCACGGCGAUUUCACUCCUGGCGAUCGGAAAUCUAAGAUACAGCAGAAUUCGUUAGAGCUGGCAGCUGCCAUUAAGGAAUUAGAGGCUAGCACAGCAGCGCUGGAAUGUUCAUACUCAGACAGUACCCAAGCCAGUCAGUCGUCUCUCAACAGUUCUAGCGGAUACGGUACAAUGAACAGCACUCCGGCAGUGUCAGAGGACACCAUAGCUAGCGGUGAUUACUUUGACACAGGUCAGUCAGAAUAUGGUAGACAAGAGCAAGAGAAAUAUUUCACAAUCCCUAGAAAUAGCCCCAUGAUAAAGGCUGCUUUCCAGUUUAAACGUCCAGCAUCCACUGCAGGUAUUCCUGUAUCUGCUCAGGGGGGACAACUGUCACGUCGGAGUUCACUCAAUACGCCCAAACCUCCGCCUCCUGUCAGACGAUCUUCUUCCAUCACCAGUGCCCCGAAUUCAUCAGUAUUACAGAAGUAUCGGAAUUCUCCACCUCGUCAGCUGAACACGCAGUCUGGUGCUAACGCUCAACACCCGCCGCAAGUUAGUGCUAAGCCGGUUUAUCAGCAGAAUCAGUCUAACCAUCGGCGAAGCCGGAGUGCAAGUGGAUCAUCAAAUCCGGAACACGCUUAUGCUGAACUCACAGAAAUACAACAGAGCAUUCAAGCUCGACAACAACAAGAAAUGAAUAGACAAAGUCAGGGGGGACAAUUUGGUUACGGUCCAGGUGCAUUGUCUGCUCCUGUUACUCCUCAAUAUGCUCAGCCUGUAACUACACCGAACUAUCCAGUAGGCAAUAGUAAUGUCAUCAAUAGUUUAAAUGCCAAAUUUGUUACAAUGAAUAGUCAGCCACCCCAAAAUAGUCAAUCUUUGACACAACAUAGUACCAGUAGUCAGUCUAACUGUGCAAAUAUUACUCAGCAAGCUAGUGCGGGUGCGGGUGAUUUCCCAGAUCUUCCACCUCCACCCUCGGAGGCUGAACUAAUGGAGAUGGAAAAAGUUUACAGUGUGCCAAACCAAAAUAUACAACAGACACAAGCGUACAACGUACAAACUUCACAAAAUGUGCAAAUGAGAACUCAGACUCAAGCUGUAAAUCCAGUAGCGGGAAUUGACAUGCGGCAGUCGUUAAUUUCAGAAAUGAAAGCUGGAAAUAAAUUUCGAAAAAUGUCGGCGAGUGAUAGUGAUUCGCAGUGCUGAUAGUGUUUAUAGGAUUGAUAGUUUAGUCCAGAAGAAGUUGUCGGUUAUUUGUAAUGUAUUCAGUUCUGGAGGUGGGUUUAUAAUGAACCAGUUACCAAAUUUUUAUGGUCAGUGGGAUUUGGAUAUUUAAUUUGAAAAAUAGUUGAAAAGACUUAAACCACAGUCGCUGUCAGUUUUGGAUCUGUUUGACCCUAGUAACUCUCAUAUCUCACUUUAAUAGAAAAGCAGGUGAAAUGAAUUCAGGAAAAUUUGGAACAUUUAAAACCAUGAAUAUCACAUGUUGUCCCUGUAACAAUUUUAAGUCAGAUUUUAAAUUUUCUUCAGUAUUCUCGAUCUGCAACUUCUGAAAAUUUUUGUUUCUUAAUGUUCAUGACUUGCAAAAUACUGAAAUGAAGGGACCAUUUUACAACCCACCAUCCCAAAUGAGAUAUAUUACAUAUAUCCAGACAAUAGAUGCUUUCUUAUUGAACCUCACUGCUUAUGUGUUAAGGUAGAUGGCUGGAAAUACCCUCUGUUAAUAUUGCUCGCUUAACACAUUAAAUAAAUAUCUUUUUUUUUUUUUUUUUUUAUGAAAGUUUUGAUAUAUCAACUGUGUGUUGGUAUGAUGAUACAGUGUCACUGGUGAUAAUUUGUAAAUGUUUUAAUUUGUUCAUAAUUCAGUGUAAAUAUGUUUUUAAUGCCAGUGGUAGAAGACAAGAAUGUGAAACAUUUUUAAGCAAGCUUUACAUUUUACACCGAUAUUUUAUGGCUCGGUAAGAGUGCAUAUCUGUUUUUAGUACCAAAUAUUAUUUAUUAUUAUGUUUAUUGCUUUAUUUAUCUUAUCUAAUCACUGAAAUCCAGCCGUGUUUUAAUAUUAUUACAACACUUAUUCUCUAUGUCUUA